CUGCCACCUCUCUUCCCUCUCCAUAUUCUCUCCUUCUGAUUUUCUUUUUUUACCCAUCAUCCCUCUGGAUAUUCCGGGGCGAGAUAUGAAGCGGCGCCAUGGGUUUCAUGGAAUUCUACCUGGAGAUUGACCCCGUCACCUUGAACCUCAUCAUCCUGGUCGCCAGCUAUGUCAUCCUGCUGCUGGUCUUCCUCAUCUCCUGCAUCCUGUACGACUGCCGGGGCAAAGACCCCACCAAGGAGUACGCACCCGACAUCGCGCCGCCGCCGCCCAGCCAGUCGCCCAUCCGCCUGGUGGUCAUGCAGAACUCGCCGGCCUCGGCCCGCUACGAGCCCAACAACACGGCCUCGGGCCACGGAGAGCUGCCGACGCCGGACCUGAGCCGGGACCGAGGAGAGAGGGAACGAGAGAGGGAACGAGAGAAGAGGAGUACUCUGGUCUGA